CGUGCAGAGCCGCAGUGUUGUUGUGAAGAUAGCGUGCUGUGGCCUGAUCGUGGCGGAGUUGUGUUGAGGCGACGGCGACCACUGUGCUUGUGCGACUGCGUUGUGAGGACUCACAUGGAGUGAAGUGCCGAGUGUCUUGUUGGAUCCUACCUGUCUCCUCGCCCCGUGCGGCAGCGUGUGUGUGUCUCUGGACUGUCCGAGUGCCCGUCGUUUCAACGAGAAAAGCAAAAUGUCUGCUUCACCGAUCGCUCGCCAGGCGACGCAGAGCAUCCCCGUCAGAAGGGUGAUGCUGAGCGACCCGUCGCAGCUCCCCAACGAUUAUUCGACAACUCCUGGUGGCACCCUCUACUCCACUACUCCCGGAGGUACCAGAGUAGUUUACGAGAGGAACUUCCUGUUGCAUCUGCGAAACUCCCCCUUGUCUCGCACACCUCCAACCAACCUUCCCAACAUUCCCGAGUCUGUACUGAAGGGAUCAGUAGAUCGUCCAAUCAUCUCACCAUCAAAGGAGAAGGUCAUAAUUGCACCCAGCCCAGUGAAAAAGGAUUCAAACCAAGAUGAUGAACAGUUCGAAAUGGAUAUGUGAACUGCUCAUAUCUAUUUGACUCGUCACCCUUAUUUCCUCACGAACUCACAAACUGCUCUUUACACGGAGUGGCUAUUGAAUCCAUUUGCCAUUCCAGGGAAAGGAAGAUAAUACGUGUUGUGAUGUGCCAUGAGAAACUCUUCUGCCCUAUCUUAUGACCUGCAGUCAGCAGAUGCUGAAGAAAACUCAUCUUAGUUUUUAUAACCUUGUGUCAAGGGAGAAGUUUCUUUUAAAGAAUCUUUUAAAGAAACUGAGAAUCUUCUCUGUUGCUUGUUUUUGAAGUGGCUGUGAUGCAAGUCGUCUUCGAAUAUUACUGCAUAGUCAUGAAUGGCUGAAAAUAAUAAUGGAAAAAAUUAUAAAAAAAAAGACUGCUCUGCUUUCAUGUUUUAACUGCCUUAUUACAAUUGUUCUGGUACUAGAUUCUAGUUGAUAGCUGGUGUUUUGAGGGCCUUUCUAUGCCUCAUUGUGUAUUUGGCAAGUAUGUGUACUUCCAUUCUCCAGCUUCUCUCGAAGUUAUGAUAUUAUCAAGUUUUAUUGAUUGGUUAAUGUUAACUUUUGACUAGAUUUAUUGAAAAUGAUCUGUUAACAGAUUAAGUGAAAUCCGAAAAGUUUUAAGUUUUGUAAGUCAACACAAGAUUGUGUUUUUAUUGGGAUUAAGAACAAUGUGUUUUUUAUGUUAAUGA